AAUGCGAACAGUACUGUUUAUCAGAAGUACUAUCAUAACGCCAAGAUAAAUGCCGUUAUCCAAGAUGCCUUCCUGGGUCGCGGUACGCAAACACCCUACCUAGCCAUCUUAAACCACAUAGGCCUCCGUCUAGAUGAGAGUGCCCCAAAGAGAGUGCCCGACGAGAUGAUGCGCAUGAUCGGUCCUAACGCCGCUGUCCGGCGGCUGGAGCAAAAGUUGGAGGCUUUGCAAACAGCACUCCGGCAAAAGUACGGACGUCCCAGCUAG